CAGUGGGUAUUAAGCUAAAUCACAAUGAAAGCAAUCAUUCUAAUUCUAGUCCUCGUGGCAGUUGUCCAUGCAACUAGUUUGAAAGACAUUCUAAAGGCUGAGUUUAACGCCUUCAAAUUGAAGCACCACAAAACCUACAAGGAUGCUAGUGAGGAGUUGAAGAGCCUGCAGAACUACUUAGAAAAUAAGAAACUGAUCGAUAGUCACAACAAGCGAUAUGCUGCUGGGGAAGUAUCUUACGAAAUGGGCAUCAAUCAAUUCUCAGACUUGAACUCCAAGGAAUUCCAGGAGACAGUGCUGUCAAGCAUCAAUGCCAAUGACUUGACAAUUGGUAUCACUCAAAUAUACACUCCAUCACCAAGUGUUCAAAUACCCGGAAGCAUAGAUUGGCGUGAGAAGGGAGCAGUUACAAGAGUUAAGGAUCAAGGCGGAUGUGGAUCUUGCUGGGCUUUUUCUGCCAUUGGCACACUAGAGGGCCAAAACUUUAUCAAGAACCGACAGCUUAUCUCGCUAUCCGAACAGAAUCUAAUCGAUUGCUCCAAGGAGAAUGGCGGAUGUGAUGGCGGCUGGCCAGAAACUGCAUUAAACUUUAUCAAGGACAAUGGUGGUGUUGACACUGAGGACUCAUAUCCCUAUGAAGAGAGGGAUGGCGAAUGUCGUUUCAAUGCUGAGAACAUUGGCGCAAAGGUCACUGGCACUGUCGGUGUGGCCAGUGGAGAUGAGUCUGCGCUGGCAGCAGCCGUUGCAGAGAAGGGUCCCAUUUCAGUGGCCGUUGAUGCUUCACAAUUUCAGAACUAUCAAGGAGGUGUCUUCGAUGAACCUUCGUGUCAGGACGAUGUAAACCACGGCGUUGUCGUCGUUGGCUAUGGUCGUGAUGACAUUGGCGGCGACUAUUGGCUGGUGAAGAACUCCUGGUCAGAGUCCUGGGGUGAAAAUGGAUACAUUCGCAUAGCGCGCAAUAAGAAUAAUCAAUGCAAGAUUGCGGACCAUGGUGUCUAUCCGUUGGUCUAAGGGACGUUUUUCUUAAUCAUCUUUAAUUCAACUAUUAUUUAUUCUUUUAAAAAAUUUAAAUUAAUUCAAUAAAAAAAAUUGAUAACUGUUUUACUACUGUGAAA